AGGUAUGAAAUCUGGUUCCCGUAAAUGGUUAUGAUAUCGGUAUUAGGUUUUGAAUCGAGUGGAAUAUGUUGUGUUUGUUCUCCAAUUACGUUGACAGUAUGCACGUGUUCGACCUUGGUUAGUAGUUGAAGGCUAUCUUCUGUGUUUUAUAAUUUGGACAAGAUUUUGUUUCCAUCCAUAUUGUUUGCAAUUGCUUGUAUGUCCACAGAAUAAUCUGACCACCGUGGUGUUUCUGAUAGAAGAGAUUAUACGGAACCACCAAAUUAACAUGCUUCUCAUAUCUUUGAUGAUCACAUUAAUUUUCCCGCAAAAUCGCAAGCGUAAACGGUGGGAUCGGCUAGGUCAGUCUGUGGUUCUAGAUUCUAUCCCGGAUCAUGUGCGUCAACUAGAUAGGCUUGUGCGUGUGACAGAUAGAGCUUGUGUGGAUAAUUUGAGAAUGGAUAGGAAUACCUUUGGGCGUCUAUGUCGUAUUCUCCGUGACCGGGUAGGCCUAGUGGACCAGAGACAAGUGACUGUUGAAGAACAAGUGGCUAUGCUCCUGUGUGUGCUUGCUCAUCACAAAAAAUCCCGCAUAGUAGGUCACAAUUUCAUGCGAUCAUCUCAAACCGUCUCCAAAUAUAUCCACACUGUACUCCAUGGAGUUCUCACGCUUCACAACCUUUUUUUGGUGAAGCCCAUCCCAAUAGAUGAGGCUUGCACUGAUCGUAGAUGGAAAUGGUUCAAGGGUUGCUUAGGUGCUUUGGAUGGGACUUACAUUAAUGUGCGUGUCCCAAUUGCUGACGUUCCCCGGUACCGUAAUCGAAAAGGUCACAUUACCACUAAUACACUAGCCGUGUGUGACCCCCAGCUCAGAUUCACUUACCUCCUUCCUGGCUGGGAAGGCUCGGCAGCCGAUUCAAGGAUUUUAAGGGAUGCAAUCAGCCGACCUUUAGGUCUGAAAGUACCCAAAGGAUGUUACUAUCUAUGUGAUCAAGCAUACCCAAAUGCCGAAGGUUUCUUGACACCGUACAAAGGUGUCCGCUACCAUCUCAAGGAAUGGGGGGUCGGAAGGCAAGCACCCCAAACACCGGAAGAGCUUUUCAACCUUAAACACUCUAAGGCGAGGAAUGUCAUCGAAAGAUCAUUCGCGGUGCUGAAGAUGCGAUGGGGAAUCCUAAGGUCAGCAAGCUUUUAUCCGAUAGAUGUUCAAACUGGGCUCAUAAUCACAUGCUUUCUUCUACACAAUUAUAUACGAAGUGAAAUGGUAGUUGAUCCCGUCGAGGCUGAGCUGGUUAAUGAGGCUGAUAUUGAUGAUGAAACCGCCAACGAUCCUUUGUUAUGUGGUGAUAAUAUCAGUAGCGUGGAACCAUCGGCAUUAUGGACCCAACAAAGGGAUGAUCUUGCAAUGGAAAUGUGGGGAGACAGAAAUAAUGGAUAA